GGGCACUGUAUACAGUGAUUAAAUCACUUUUGUUUUCUGUUUACCUCGUAUGACAUUGAUAUGAGUUUCCUUGAUCAAGCUGAAAUUCCAAGAAACAAGUUUUUCCUGAAAGUCUGGUUUCAUGAACGCAGUAUUGAAAAUAGUCGUUUGAUAUUAUCAUGUGUUUAGACAUGUUAUUAUUCAUCAAUUGAUACUUGAUUAUCUGAUCUUUUAACUAAUGUAUUGAAAAACUGCGCAGUUUGAAGAUACAUCGCGAAAGAUACACACGCAUAUUGUCGAAACGAAUGGUAAUCGGGUGAAUCACACAUAUACAUUUUUAUCAUAAAUUUUAACGACACAUAAUGGUGGCUUUAUAAAAAAGAAAUAGCAUUUUGGAGAUUAGUUUUAGCUCACACAAUAAAUUAUAAAUGAUUGUCUUGAAACAUAAAUUUUACUAUGAUAUACACGGUAAAACAAAACACAUAAGACAGUCAAUGUGUCAAUUAUUGUUGACUAUUUUGGUUUGACUUUUCGAGCGUUCUUCAUACUGCGACUAUUUCUCGUAAUCGGCGAAUCGCGGAAGAAGAAAAGGAAUGUAAACAGCUUCGCAUAUUAAAUAAGCACGCUAUCGAUCUGUGAUCGUAUCGAUAAAACUAAUUCACUUUCGCAAAUGAAGGAUUAACGAUUAUUUUCUCUUUCAAUAUAGAUAAGUAUCAUAAUGAAUACAUCCAAUUAUUAUGAAAAAGGAACAUUUACAAAUUAAUGUAACAGCGAACCUUCUGGCAAAUGAGUUUAAACAGACUCUGUUAGUUUGCAAUAGUGAUGGUCAUGGCGGCUGCUAUUCAACACGGCUUGCGUCUUUUUUUACUCAUACGUUUCAUUAUCGGUUUAGGUGUUUAUCCCAUACAGCAACCAAAGUCAAAAAUUCGAAGAAUUGUGUACUUAAGCAUUUUAUAUUCAUUGAUAAUCUGGUUUAGUUAUGGCUAUUUUUUUUACUAUGUAAUAACUUUCUUUCCAUUGAGAGUACUAUUUUUUACCAUCAUUAAUAUAGUUGUCCACUAUAUUACCAUCUUUAUCACAUUCACGUCCGUCAUUAUAAAUUUUUAUUAUGAAGAGAAAUUUCAAAUGUGCAUGAAAAGGCUUGCUGCCGUGGAUGAUACUUUGGAAAAACUGGGCAGUCCAAAAAUAUAUCGAAGGAUGCAUAUGUUAUCGAAACGAAUGAUAAUCGGGUGGAUUGUGUACACUUUUGUCUCAAACUUUUACGAUACAUACUGGUGGCUUAAAAAAGAAAAAGCACCUUGGGGAUUAAUUUUAGGGCUGAUAUUAAAUUUUUGUUUUCAUAUUAAUACAUUUGAGGAUUUAUUGUUUCUCUUCCUUUUAUGGUAUAUAGGCACAAGAUUUGAUAAGGUGAAUAAGAAUGUGCGAUGUUUAUUGAUAAAAGAAAAUCACGAACUAAGAUGUACAUGGAAGAAAUCUACAGUCUCCCUACAUCGAUAUGUGAAUUACAAACAAACGUUGUGGACUUCAAUGCACCUUCAUUUAGAAUUAUGUCGUAUUGCUCGCGAAUUGAAUUUGUUGUUUGGAGUGCAAAUGACUGUCGAAAUGGCAUCUUAUUUGUUCUUUAUAUCAGCAUUGUGUUAUUUCUUUUACAUUAUGAUACAAGAACAGCAUAAUAAAAUAUCACUGUACUAUCGAUUCGAUAACAUCUUUUGGAUUUCUUUAUCUUUUAUAAGAGUUGCUGUUAUUAGUUUUAUCUGCGAAAAUGUCACUGUUAAGGCUAACAAAAUUGGCAAAGUAAUUCAUCAACUGACAAACAGUCUUCGAUAUACUGACGUUUCAAAAGAGAUUUGUCAAUUCGCUUUACAAACAAUGCAACAUCCGUUAAAGUUCAAUGGAAUGAAUCUUUUCUGUUUUGGCAACGUGUUUCUUCAAAAGUUUUGCACAAUGAUUGUAACAUUUGUAAUCAUUACGAUACAGGUGAAUAUUUAUGUUAAUUUACCAUAUUUUACAACUUAAAAGGUAAUAAUGAAAAUAAUAGCUCACUAAAA